CUAGAAACGUAAAAUACACUACAGAACCUGCGCAAGCGCUGGUCGCCCUCACUGAAGGAUCGUGGGCAACCGAGCAAAUGGACCCAGGCUGCCUUUUGAGCACUUCACGCGAGUGCCCCCCUUCACGAUCUUCGGCUUACCGCUCCCUAUGGUUGCAACUAACGAGAACACUGUGUAUCAAGCCAUACCGACGUCGGAGGACGGCGUCCAUACUGGUUCAGGACUCAGUACCGAGGAUGCACCCUUGACUCGGCACCCGCAGUCAUCCACUGCUCCGGUGGACAAACGAAUCAGGUGGACCUACUUUCUCCUUGGAUGCGCCACUCUUCUUCCUUGGAACGGUGCGUGAAGUGCUCAUAGCCAUGGUGUGCUCGUAUUCGACAUGGCGUCCUUAGCACUUAUCAAUGCGGUUUCCUUCUUCAAAUCGCGGCUCGCCGGUACCCCCUUGCGAGCAGUCUUUAGCUCGUAUCAGUCCAGCGCUUUUACAGUGACUGGUCUGUUAUUCCAGGCCUACUGUACCACGACUUCCAAACAAUCGUCCCCUUCACGCCGUGUAUUGGGGUCCAUCGUCAUCCUUACCUUCUUUGUAUUCCUGUUCUUCCUCAGCACGUUCCCUCAGGUCAAUCCGUCGAUAUUCUUUUCGUUCGUGCUUGUUUGCUCAAUAGCCAUGUCUGCAUCGGGAGUAUUUCUAUCAACCUCUGUCUACGCUGGAGCUGCCUUACUUGGAGGUCCUUACAUGCAGUCCACCGUGUCUGGACAGGCUGCCAUUGCUGUCAUCGUGAGCACAGUUGAACUGAUAAGUUCGGCACUUUCAGUUUGGGGUGCGUCUCCGGAGGCCAUUGCCACCUUUAUCGCGGAGGAUGGAAUCGGGGAUGGCAGGACUGAGGAAUCAGCGGCGCAGAUUUUCUUUGGAGUUUCCGUACUGUUUAUGGCCUUCACCUUCGCAGCCUCCGUGUGGUUGACGAAGCAGCCACUCUACAAGUCGACGGUCGGACUCUUGGAUCACCAACCGAAAGCGUCGGAGGUUGCAGAAGAUGACGAGGAACGCCAUAGACUCGUCUCUGGCAGGCAAAAUAUCCCGUCACCUAAGCCGAGCUCAGACCUGUGGCGAGUUUUCAAGGACAACUUCCCGUUCAUGUUCUCAACGGCCUAUACAUUUAUCGCUACUCUGGCUGUAGUCCCUGCCAUCACUUCUACCGUGUUACCCACGAAUCCGCGGGUACAUCCGCUACUUUUUAUCGAUGCACACUUCUUAGUGUUCAAUAUGGGAGAUCUCCUGGGCCGGUACAUAUGCUCGUUCCCACGUAUGAUCGUUUGGUCGGCCAAUAAGAUCCUGGCAAUGUCCUUAUUGAGAACGUUAUUCAUUCCCGCCGUACUUCUCUGCAACGUUCAGCGAGCGGUGGAAAUUCCUCCUGUCAUCGGCUCUGACACGCUUUACAUGUUCAUUCUACUAGCUCUUGGGCUAUCCAACGGCUACGUCUUCACGCUGUCUAUGCUGGCUGUUUCGUCGCUGCAGCAUAACCAUAGACUCAGGGGGUACGGGGACGUGGAUAUCGCGGCCACCCUCUGUGCAUUUGCGGUCAUUCUUGGGUUGGCGGUUGGGUCGUUGCUCAGUUUCGGUGUCCGUGCGACAAUCUGUGAUUGCAAUCCGUUCAGUUUGUGACUGGGAUAAAUGUAUAGUUUCAGUAUAUACAGGAUAUCGUGAUGUGCGUUACCAAGGGUGGAGUCAGAGAUCCCUCUCUCU